CAAAAGUACCCUCACAAGUCACACAACUAACAUAAAAGUUUCUUCACACGUCCCAUCUUUCUUCUCCCCCCACCCUACCCCGUACCCCCUACCCCUACCCCUACCCCUACCCCUACCCCUAUAUACUACUCAUAUCAUAUAGUACAAUAUAGUUAUAUAAGUAAAUGAAAUUUAUCUCCAAUAAUCCUUACAUGAUCGACAAUUUACUCUUCUUUGAUCACGUUUUUAGUUGAUUUUUUCGAAACUAGUCACUUAAUCCUUUGUAUAAUGGAAAUUACAGCUUAAUUUUUCAUGGUUAGUUGAAGCGAAUUGUUUUUAAUUACCGUUUAAAGCUGUUAAACACAAUUAGUAGCUUGGAUAUUCGUUUUGUUCAGCUGAGAAGUUGUAUAUAUAUAUAUAUAUACAGAUAUAGUACUAUGUAGUUUCGUGAUUUGUGUAAUUGGAAGUGGAAGAGAAUGAUGUUGGAUCUCAAUGUAAACGUAAUCUACAAUGAGCUUCCAGAAGGUUCAGUACCUGAUGAAUCAGGGACGUCAAAUUCAUCGUUAUUAAAUGCGGAGGCUACAACAAGUACCGGCGACGGUGAAUCGUGUUCCACACGCGCCGGUGAAAUGUUCGCUUUCAAUUUCGGCAUACUCAAAGUUGGAGGAGCUGAAACUAGCAGGAACAUCAACAACAAUGAUGAGGAUCGGAGAGUUGUUAGUCAUUCUGAGUUUGUGACUCGGCAGUUGUUUCCGGUUGAUAACGGUGAGUUGAACCGGAAACAGACCGAUCGGGUCAUUCUACCCGGUUUUGGAUCGGAGCUACCGAAACCGCAAGUGAAGAAGAGUAGGAGAGGGCCAAGGUCAAGAAGUUCACAGUAUAGAGGCGUUACUUUUUACAGAAGAACUGGUAGAUGGGAGUCACAUAUAUGGGACUGUGGGAAACAAGUAUAUUUAGGUGGUUUUGAUACUGCUCAUACAGCAGCAAGAGCUUAUGAUAGAGCUGCAAUUAAGUUCCGGGGCGUUGAUGCUGAUAUCAACUUUAACUUAAGUGAUUAUGAGGAGGAUAUGAAACAGAUGAAAAACCUUGGUAAAGAAGAAUUUGUGCACUUGCUGCGACGCCAUAGCAAUGGUUUCUCAAGAGGGAGCUCCAAAUUCAGAGGAGUGACAUUACAUAAAUGUGGCAGAUGGGAGGCUCGGAUGGGGCAGUUCCUCGGGAAAAAGUAUAUAUAUCUUGGGCUUUUCGACAGCGAAGUAGAAGCUGCAAGGGCUUAUGAUAAGGCGGCAAUUAAAACUAGCGGAAGGGAGGCUGUUACCAAUUUUGAGCCAAGUGCUUAUGAAGGGGAAACAAUGUCAGAACCUCAGAUUGAAGGUAGCCAACAUGAUCUUGAUCUGAACUUGGGGAUAUCGACCUCUUCUUCAAAAGAAAAUGGCAGGUUGGGAGGUUCUUGCUAUCAUCCUUAUGAUAUACAAGAUGCAACAAAACCAAAGAUGCAUAAACCUGAUCCACUAAUAGUUGGAAGUUCACAUCUCAAAGGACUACCAAUGACGUCCCAACAAGCUCAAUCGUGGACUGGAAUCUAUUCUAAUUUCUCUUCCAGCUACGAGGGAAGAACAUCUGACAAGAGAAAGGAUAUAGGUUCAUCACAAGGACCUCCAAAUUGGUCAUUGCAAAUGCCCAGUCAGGUUGCUACAACCACCCCAUUGACAAUGUUCUGCACUGCAGCAUCAUCAGGAUUCUUCGUUCCAGCUACUGCUUCUAUCACUUCUUCGACAUCUGCAUUGGCACCCUCAACAAAUGCCUCUCAGUGCUUUUACCAGAUCAGCCCCCGCCUACCACCUCCAUAACAUGUCUUCCUCUGUAACUAGUAAUAUAGAUGGAAACAUAGUCAUCAAUUUCUUUUGUAAGAUCUAAAAGUCAAGUCAAUUUACUUUUUGUGGAUUUAAUAAUUUUUAUAACUGCUUCAGAAUCCGAGAGGUAAAGAUUCAAACUCCCCUUUCAGAAUGGCUAUAGUAUUUGUUCUA